GGGCUGAAACCAGAGAGAUGAAUCGAAGGUAUCGAUGAGUAUAAAUAAUAUAGUUCUGCAGUUUGAUGAAAUUGACCGAAAUGAUAUAGACGAUCAUAUCUUUGAACUUUAUUCGGAGGGAGCUCCUCCAUCAAAUUUGGGAUAUGUUGAUCGGAGUUCCAACACUAUCGAGAUCUCAUUACCUCAAACAGGUAUUGAUUUGAAAAUCAAACAGUCAUUAACAGAAUUAUCUUCUACGAAAAAGACAAGUUCAACUACCGGGUUCUUGUGUUGGUGGUCUUCAGUUUUUUUAGUUGACUGGUUACUGACUAGCAAUGUGACUAAGUUGUUGCUGAAACUGAGUACUGUUAUCGAGUUGGGUGCGGGAGUAGGUGGGAUUUGUGCAUCUGUGUUAGCAGGAAAAGUUAAAAGAUAUACCGCCACUGACCAGAAACAUAUAUUGAAGUUGCUUAAGGAGAAUAUAGAAUCGAAUAUAACGACACCAUACGUUAGCUCUACGUUGACUAACGGCAGCUCUUCCAAACUGAAGAAAGAUAAAAAAGAUACUCUACCUAUAGUUGAUGUGCUUGAGUUUGACUGGGAAGAGUUAGAGCAGGGAAUGCACAAUUAUCAUGAGCUCACAUCUAAUAGUGGGCCUCCGGAUAUCAUUCUCGCGUGUGAUACAAUCUAUAAUGAGUAUCUCAUCCCGCAUUUCGUCAAUACUAUGAAGAUGUUGUUAGGAGCUGAGUCCAUUGCUAUUGUCGCUUUGCAAUUACGAGAUUCAAUCACUAUAGAGAGCUUUAUACGUUAUGUUAUAAUAGAUGCCGGUUUGCGAAUGUCUACAGUUUCAUCGCAUAUGUUAAGUGGACAAUUGAGAUCUGGUUAUGGAGUUUAUAUAAUCACCUUGAAGGAUUAACCCAUAUUCUUUGAACUGCAAUGCAAACCUGUAACCAUUACCAAUCACAUUCGUUCGUAUGAUACAACUACUGACCUGAUGCGGUCUUUUUAUGAUAGAAUAUAGAUAUAGGCUUCAUGUAACAUCAAUGUCAAUUAAAUGUCAUGG